AUGGGUAUCCUCGGCCACCACAAUCUCCAGCCGUUUCUCGAGCCUAUCGCCAUUUUCGACCAAUUCGUGGCGAAAGAGCCCCAGACGCUUGUUAUGAAAGAAAAAGUCUUGUCUGUCUCUGGCGAUAGCUUCGAGGUCAAAUUGGCCAAUGGACAGUCGCUGCUGAAAGUGCAUGGAGCUUGGGUCUCGAUAUCUGGUCGCAAGAAGGUUGAAGACAUUCACGGAAAGCACCUCUUUGAUAUUGUCAAGGAGCAUCUGCACCUACACACAACUUAUGCGAUCGAAGACUCGCAUCGCAAGAAGAUCGCUGAGGUUAAGAACAAUCUCUCCGUGCUUGGCUCCAAAGCAACCGCCACUUUCACAGAUUCGCAGGGCAAAGCUGUGACAUUGAGAAUGAAGGGAGGCUGGUUUGAUCAUAGUGCCGACAUUGUAGAUGAAAAAACCGGCAAUCCAGUCGCUCGCAUUGAUCGGAAGUUGCUAAGCGGCCGGGACCUUAUAUUUGGCCAGCAAACGUAUGCCGUCGUCGUGGCGCCUGGUGUCGACGCGGCAUUGAUCGCUGCCUUGUGUAUUUGCUUCGAUGAAAAGAACAAUGAGCCAUCUAGCUAG